AUGAAAUUUACAUUUAUAAUUACACUUACAUUUUCAUUACCAUCCAUUAUUUUUGCGUGCUAUGCAAAUGGAAUAUGCGGCGGCGGAAUGGCGUACUGUCAACCGGUACAAAUGGCGCAAUCAGUAAUUUGCAAUUGUCCGCCGUCAUAUGAUUGCGGACAGUACGGCUGUUAUAAGUUGCGUGCACGUGCGUCAAAAAAUUUAAUGUUAUCAAUGCUUGAUAAUGAUAAUCAAUGGUCAAAAAGACCACAAUCAAUGUUAGAGAGUAAAAUGCAUGACUCAUCGCCAUUACUCAUACCAUUUAAUCAAUUUAAAUAUAGAAAUAGUAAACCAUUAAGAGCAUUAGAUGAGCGACGUAUGCUUGCAAUGGCAUCGCCAACAGCUGCUGAAUUACCAAUUAAAGGACGAACAUUUCAGGAUCCAAAUGAAGCAUUUUUGGAGUGUUGCAUGGAUCGAAAAUUGCCAGAUGCUUGUCUUAAUAAAUGCAAUUUUAAUUAUUACAAUCAACAAUCUUUAAUGUUAAUGUAUUUGCAUCAAGAUUCAUGUCCAAUAAAAGCAAUGAGAGAGAUGCAAUUUUGCGCUGCGCAAGGUCGUGAUCAUCGACCAUGCUGCUUGCGGAACGGUAUAACGACAACAUUAGCUGGCGCAAAAUGUCUCACAUUCUGUGAUCAAAGGCCUGGUCAAAUAACACAAUUGGAUAUAUCAUUUCUUCCAUGCUUCGAUCGUUUUGAAAAUAUGAAAUCAUGUUUUUGGCAUGAUCUCAUCCGAUACUUUCGGUGA